ACAGGGGCAGAGAGAGGGGCGGCGUAUGGUGUAUGGUGUAUGGUGAGCCCCAAAACAAACCGUCCGUGUGUCAACACUGCCGGCGUCUCCCCCUGCGGUCCGGUUGGAUUUACGGUUGCGUCUGCUGCAGCUGAAGGAGGUAGACUAUAGAGCUGGUAGAGCCACUGCAGGCAGCAGGAAGGUCAGGAGCGGAGGAUUGAGCCAGCGGAGGCAGGCAGGCAGAGAGGCACAGGAACCCCGUUCACCGAGCACCGGGACCCCGCCCGCUCGGCCGCAGCAUUCCACCGCAACGCUGGAGCUCACCGACGGUCACAGCUGUCAUCCAGGGCUCCUGUCCUGCUCUGUGGCCCCUGAAUCAUUCCGAGUCUCAUUCCACCAAAGGCACCCGCAACGGAUACGAUCCCUCACUGGCUUCUCACUACUCAACACAGGCAAUUGAGUUGUAGAGAUGCCAAAUAUGGAGAUGAGGGAAGACCCAUCUGGUGAAGAGUGAAUGAAAGAAGGACGGAGUAAAAGAAACAACAAAAAAGGAGAAGAGCAAGAAGCAAAGAAGGAGAGGAACAAAUCAGACAGGAGAUUUGAAAGGAAGCCAAAGGAGGAGAAAAAGGGAUGGUGGGCAAGAUGUGAAGUGCUUCACGAAAGAGGAGAGACGAAGGUGAGGGUAAAUAGAAACGGGGAGCGUUAGAACGAGGACACCCACAAAGUCCUAGGAAGAGACGGACAGGAUUCAAAAGUGAAAAGAGAGGAAGCCACACAGGACCAAGAAGCCGGGAGCUCUGGAACGGUAGGAAGAGAAAGCGAGAGACUGGUUGAGGAAGGGGGAGGGAAGAAAACAUCUGGAUGGUCUCCACAGCGACAGCCAGCAGGUUACCCCCCCUCCGAAGAUGGCCUCCAACUUCAACGACAUCGUCAAGCAGGGCUACGUGCGCAUGCGCAGCCGCAAGCUGGGGAUCUAUCGGCGUUGCUGGCUGGUUUUCAAGAAGUCAUCCAGCAAAGGACCUCGUCGUCUGGAGAAAUACCCUGAUGAGAAAUCUGCCUACAUCAGAGCCUUUCCUAAGGUGACAGAGAUUAGCAACGUCAAGAAUAUCACACGGCUGCCCCGAGAUACCAAGCGACAGGCGGUGGCCAUUGUGUUUACAGACGACACGUCGCGCACCUUCACCUGCGAAUCAGAGCUAGAGGCGGAGGACUGGUUUAAGACGCUGUCCAUUGAGUGCCUGGGCACACGGCUCAAUGACAUCAGUAUGGGAGAGCCGGAUCUCCUGGCUGCUGGAGUGCAGUGUGAACACACAGAGCGCUUCAACGUGUUCCUCCUCCCCUGUCCCAACCUGGACAUCUAUGGGGAGUGCAUGAUGCAGAUCACCCACGAGAACAUUUACCUGUGGGACAUUCACAACCCUCGCACCAAGCUGGUCACCUGGCCUCUCUGCUCCCUGCGGCGCUACGGACGGGACGCCACCCGCUUCACCUUCGAAGCCGGCCGGAUGUGUGACAGCGGUGAAGGCCUCUACACCUUCCAGACCAGAGAGGGAGAGCAGAUCUACCAGAGGGUUCACUCCUCCACGCUGGCUAUCGCCGAGCAGCACAAGAAGGUCCUGCUGGAGAUGGAGAAAAACAGCAGGUUGAUGUCUGUGGGUUCAGAGCCUGGCUCCUACCCCUGCACCCCAACCGCCAUCCUGCCCCGAUCCGUCUACUGGCACCACAUCACUGGAAACCAGACCGGCAUGGAUCCUGGUGAUGCUGCAGAGGACGACCUGCUGUCCACCCGCCUGCCUCCAGACCGCCAUGCCACGCUGCCCCUGGCAAACACACAUACACAGUCCCAGCCGCACAUACCCACACACUCCCCGACACACUACCCCACCUACCCUGGACAGUGACACACACACACACACACACACACACACACACACACACUCAAACACAGAAGAAGAUGUGGACUUGGAAAAAGACACAAACACACGCAUGCCCACAUGCAUGCAGGCACACACAAUUCAGACACACUGAAACACACUGUCUCUCAUUAUAUUAGUUUUACAGCCCAACGUUACACCUCACAGGAGAUGUUGUAGCCUAACACUGGCCAAAAGACCAUGCUGAAAGCAGGAAGUGACAACUAAAUACAGCGAAAGACUGCAAUGAGAUUGGUCUUCCUUACAUGACUGCAGCUCCUACAAUUCCACAGUAGACGGGGGAUAUUUGACGUUUUUCCACACUCAGGAUAAGAAACUCUGGCAGAUUGGCAUAUAUGGCUCUCAGUAUGCUUUAAACCACCUAGGAUGUAUUAUGUGUUGUCCAACCAAGUCAAAGUGUUUCCACCUGUUCCGAAUGGACACUCUCGAAGGGUGGGUGAAAAGCCUUGAAGAGCGAUUUGUAGGGAUUUUAUUUAUUUAUUUACUGAAUCUAUACUACAGUUUUUAUUGAAAUUAUGAUUUAAAUAGUAAAUCUCUGGAACCAAAAUUAGGAGGAACCAAAAUUACUUUGUGAGAUUAGAAAAAAGACUGUGGUUUGGGGUUAAAACAAUGUGCAUACAGUAAUAAAUACGUGGAAUACAUAUGAAUUAGAGUGCAUUGCUUUCCAUUCCAACAGCCAGCCUAACACCCCAACUCAAUUUAGUGGCUGUAGUCCAUCAUAUGCAUAUGAAUAUGUAUUUUAAACCUCAUUAGUGUCAAAACUAGCACUGGGAUCCAUAUUAAUUGACCCAGCUUGGCCGCUCCCUCUUAUGUGAUACAUAUUUUUUCAUAUAUAUUUCUCUGAUUUGAGGAAGACAUGAAAACUGAUGUCACUGUAAUGUAUAUAGCUUUUUUUUUUUUUUUUUUUUUUUUUUUUUAAACUGAUAACGUUUUAUUUUAUGAGUCCAUAAAUUCCUUUUAGGGAGAGAGAGACGUGUGUAAUUUGGUCCUAAUCAUAGGGAAAUUAGGAAUUUCCUUAAAAGAAAUGCUUAAAACGUAACUCUCGCCAAAAUGCAACCUAGUGAUGUGAAUGUAC